AUGAAUCUUCGACGUAUAGCUAGUAACUUGAUGUUGGUUUCCUGUCUUCUGCUUGCCUUAUUUUUCUAUCUCAAGACAUACAUCAACCUCCGUCAGCAUAAACUCAGAAUGGAGAGUUCUUUUAGCGUUUUCUACUAUCGCAAAUCAACCAACAGCAUGUUCAUUGUUUUUUGCCUAUUUUUGAGUACUUAUCUUCCUUUCGUAUUUGCUUUAGUUGUUGCUACCGCCUUUGGCUUCAGUAGUUUUCCCCAGCUUUUUGCGCUCGAUAUCACUUCGUUUCUCGCUUUGUUAAAUUCGUCUCUUAACCCAGUGGUGUAUUGCUGGAGGAUCAAAGAAAUUCAAAGGGAGGCAAAGCAGUUGAUCCGUAACAGCCAUUCAUGCUAUUCCAUCAUCCUGGGUAGAUUUUUCCAAAGCCGUGUCAUGCCAUUAAACACUUCACAGGGAGUCCAGCUUGUAUAG